AUUAUGGUAGUAUUGUUUGUGAUAUCUUGAGAAGAAUAUUGUUUUUGACUUUAGCAAUAGCUUUUGCUUAUGUUCGAAGUGACCAUUGCGAUUCAUUAGGAACUCGUUUCUACGAUGAACUAGGUUGCACUCCAAAUCUAGACAACGACGGUUGCCCAAUUUCGUAUGAUUGUCCUGAUAUUACAGUUCCCGAUGGUUUCUGCAAAUUUGGUGGUAAACUUUACCAAUAUGGUGAAUACGUGAAUGGUACAAUUAACUGCAGACCAGCGAUUUGCAGUCCAGGAAUGGGUCCCAUGAUUCAUGAUUGUUUCCAACGUCCCGACGAAGGUUGCUACUUAGCUUACACUUUGGAUAAAUGUUGUUCUUCUAAACAGAUCUGUGAACCUUUCGAUAAUAUUGCUACAUGCGAAGUUAAUGGUGAGAUAUACAGGGAAGGACAAUAUAUCAGCGAAUUUAAUUACUUGGGAAAAUGCCUCAAUUGCAUUUGUCAGAAGAAUUUCACAGGGGAAUUCGUUGAACCUUUUUGCGAAAGGAAGAAAUGCAAUAUUGAAGUAACAGAAGAUCCAAUUUCCGAUAAAAGCGCUCCUGUUUAUCAUAAUAACUUGGACCCUUGUUGUCCAAUAGAAUUAAUAAAAUCCUCGUACGUCACACAAUUACUUUCAAAUUCACUUGGAAAUACGAGUCGUAAGUAA